AUGGACGGCCGAGUCGUGACCGAUUCAUCAAGCGGGCGGGACCCCUCAACGACGGGAGAUCCAAACCAGUCCAUGCCCUUGCGAGCACGAAUUCUUCAUCUUGUCGAAGAGAGCAGUAGUAGGAAUGGAUAUACAGGUCAAAACGUCAAAGAAAUCUUUCUGGAACAGAUUUGGCCCAAACUGGAGAGUGAUUACCAGAGGAUGUCCGACAAGCUGGCAAAAGCCUGCAAAGUUGAGCUGAGCAAUCGCCGCGUCCCAAUCCCAGUUACAGUCGAACAUCGAGUCAAAUCGCGGACAUCCAUCUCAAAGUCAUUGCAGCGACGCGAGAUACACAGAGCCAAGGAGAACCUAGGGAUGUACAAAAGUCUCCACGACAUCCUUGGAGAUCUGCACGAUCUCGUUGGUAUUCGUAUCAUUGUUGAAUACCUUGAUCAUCUCAAGGAUGUGUCUCAAUUUGUCGCUGGCAGCUUUAACCAAGAGAAGGAACCAAACCGAUUCGAUGCAAACCGCAAAGUCGGUCACCUUUGGCAGCCGUGGUUUGGAGCCUAUGAGUGCAUGAACUAUCAUAUCUCAUCCAAAUAUGCAGCUGGUAACAGGCUUAGCCCAUACAACGGUGUUAUGUUCGAGAUCCAAGUCACAAGCCUUCCUGCGCAUAUGUACAAUAAGAUCGCCCAUCCGCUACUAUACAAGGAAGAGGCUGGGACGUUGUCGCAGGGAGACGAAAUGGUGAUCGACAUCACCAAGGGGCUUGCUUAUUGCUACUCGCUUUGUUUGCACUUCAAGAGGUCGAAAUUGAAGAAGCCAAAAUUCGAGAGGUCGAAGUUCAAGAGGUCGAAGCUAAGUGGGGAUGUAGAAGAGCAGGAGGACAUGGAACUUUUGAGGAACAUACCCUCAGCUUUCGAGGAAUUGGACGAGUCCAGCCUCAAUCGUCUAGCUGAGAGAAUUCCCAAGCUGGACGUUGCAGCUAGUAAGACCAUGGACAUCCCGCGAGAGUCAUUGAGGUUGGCCCUUGACAGUCUGCUCAAUGAUCAGAUGCCGGACGACAUAGGGCAAGCUCUUGCCGACAGAUUCAGUCGGGAAAUUGAAAACAUUGCUCAGCCUCCAAUCAAUUUGGUCACUUCGGGAAACGCACGUUUCGAUAGCCAGGAUGUUCAUUCAAGUCCUGUGUGUCAAGCAGGGACCCAAACCCGCGCAUUACAAUACAUACACGAUUGGAUCAAUGACAGCGAGAAAGCGUUGCUAUGGAUCUAUAGUCACGCUGGGACCGGGAAAUCGACUUUGGCGCGAACAAUUGCCAGGAAAUUGACAGAAACUAGUCAAAUCGCCGCUGGAUACUUCUUCAAGCGUGGAGAUUCCAACAGGAACGAUGUGUCUCGUGUGUUUCCGACUAUCGCGAGCCAGCUCAUGUCCACCAUUCCCCGUUAUGAACCAUUUUUGAGAAAGUCCGUUACAGCGUCCAAGAAUCCAGAUAUAAAGACGAUGCGUCUGGAUGAGCAGUUCAAGGUGCUUAUUAAAGUUCCACUGUCGGCAAUAGGCAUCAUCCCCUCCACCAAAGUCAUCAUCGUCGAUGCACUCGAUGAAUGCACCAAUCUGAUUGAGGCCAGUAAGAUUAUCAAACUACUCUGCAGUCUGAGGGACUCGAAAAACUUGCGAUUUCGCCUUGUGGUUACUAGUCGUGACGAAAGUUUGGUUCGAAAAGCAAUCGAAAAUCAAUUACAUGAAUCACUGCAACUGGCCACCACAUUUCGCAAUGACAAUAUCUCAGAUAUCAGGUCGAUUCUGAGACUUGGCUUCGAAGAGAUCAGAAAGGAGACAGAAAUCAAGCAUGCUUGGCCAACGGAUGAACAAUUCGAGGUGAUAUUGCAACGCUCAAUCAACCCUUCUCCUCUUUUCAUCUAUGCUGCAACUUUCCUAAGGUUUCUCGACGAAGGAAAGGAUAUGUGUACUUCAGAGAAACGUCUGCAAUGGUGGAUCGACCAGAGCCCCAGUACAGCUGGUAUGUCACAACUUGAAGGCCUGUACACAACGGUUUUUGAAAACUUAGACCGCAACAAGAAAGAUGGAACCUCCGGGUUGCUUACCGAUGAAGAAAAGAGCGAUCUACGAACUGUUCUGGGCACAGUUGUUCUUGCUGUUGAACCACUGUCAAUAGAGGCCAUUGCUUCUAUUUCAAGGGUUGAUUUGGGUACAACUCGAGGCCUGCUCAAGUGCUGUCGUGCGGUGCUGGAGAUCUCAGACGACAACCAAAAGCCUGUCAAGGCAGUGCAUAAAUCAUUCGGCGAUUUUCUACUGAGGAAACACCCACUGAAAAGAUCAUGGUUCCAUGCCGAUGAGAUGGAAUCACAUGACCAUGUAGCUGAGGGAUGUAUGUCACUCUUACAAACUCUGAGGAAGGAUAUUUGCGACUUCAAUGAUCCUGGAAUAUCAAGGGAGAGCAUCGAUGCUCAUACAAUUGAUAGCCACAUUCCCAAAAGCCUCCAGUAUGCAUCUUCGUAUUGGUGGCAUCACCUGCAAAGAGGAAACAAGCGAGACCACUCAUAUGAAUGUCUGAUACAGAUCCUGAAAAGUCAUUUUCUCCAUUGGAUCGAAUGUCUGUCAAUUCUCAAUCGGCUCCCAUUUGCAUCUAGGGCUGUUGGAGAGCUUUGUGCCUCUCUAAUAAUGCUAUUAUACCAGGACAAGUUACUGACAGAUGUGCAGCGGGAUCCAUGCGAGUCCAUGGGUUUCCUUAUUCCAUUCUUGAAAGAUGCCAGUCGAUUUAUCCUCCGACAUGGUAAUACCAUCCAAGAGAACCCACUGCAGACCUAUGGCGCAGCCCUUCUAUUCAGUCCUGCGGAAAGCCUUAUUCGGCGGAGCUUCUGGGAGACCCGCCAUCCUGGAUUUAAAGUUAUUCGCAACCUGGAACACCAUUGGGGUGCUUGUUUAAAAGAAGUCGAAGACUUGUCACGCAUUUCUUCUAUUUCCUUAUCACAUGAUGGGCAGGAACUAGCUAUGGCUGGCGCCACUUGGGACACGGAGGUGCCUUCAAUAUGGAUUCGCGAUACAGGAGCCGGGACUCUUCUUGCACAAUUCAACACACAUACCCAGUUGCUAGCUCUGACAUGGUCCAGUGAUGGGAAUUCUCUUCUCGCUGUCACAAGAUUCGGUCAGGUCGUACGCAUCGACCGAGCAAUUGAGACAGAAAGUCCGUUUGGAUUUUCACCAUUCGCGACAACUGAAAGGUAUGACUAUGCUGCGAUCUGUUCUUCUGGAAUAGCCUCUGUGGUACGCGUGUCACACGAUGAUUUCAAUCACGAUUUUAUCAAGUCCGAGGUCUUUACAUGGGGAUUCACUCAAAGAGAUCAGACAUUUCGAACUUGGGAAUUUCCAGACUCAACAGUCCCUAGCAUGGCCUUGUCGCCUGAUGGUUCUCUUCUCGCCCUGUCUGUUGUAGCGUGGUUUCCAGGACACCAUCAAUACAGGGUUCGAGUCAUCGAGGUAAACACUGGUACUUGCAUCCAGGACUUGGCGGUCUAUGCGAGAAGCCUUGCCUUCUCGUUAGAUGGAUGUCGACUUUUUAUUUCAGACAGCAACCUUUCAACUUUGACUGUUCUCAAAUUUCCAUCUGGGACCUGCGAGCAUCUCCGGCUUCCUAAGGCCUUCGUGGCUAACGCCAUGGCAAUCUUACCGGAUUACACGACUAUUUUGACGAAGACCGACUACAAACUCAGGUACUUGGACCUUGAAGCUCUGAAUUAUGUUAUUCGAGUUCCGAAGCAACCAGAUCCCCGACGUUUAGAUGAUGGUUACCCCAUAAAGAGGGUUGCCAUAUCUCCUAGUGGUCGGUUCAUGAUAACGUCAAGUGUAGGCGAGCGAAGUCUAAAGGUUUGGCGUCUCCCGGAUGCCAUACUUGAGAGAUGCUUGACAGUGGACAGCUUAUGGGAAGAUAACAGGUGGUCAUUCACUCAACUACGUGAUGCUUCCAAUGACAAGGAAGCUUUUAUCCUCCACCAGGAUGAGGUUGCAUAUAUUUGGUUCUUGGAAGGAAUAGAGAACACACAAAUCAAACAUUCACGCGUCGUCAAGCUACCAAUGGGAGACCUCUACUUCAGUUCCAUAAGGGCGCAUAGAACAGCAGUAUUGAAAUUUGGCCUUUGGAAUCUAUCUCACCGUCCACAGGGUGUUAAUGUAUCGAUGACCGAUGGAAGAAUGGCUGCUGUUAGCUUCAAGGAUACAGUUAAGGUCGUCGAGUUGGGUUCGACAGCCAGCUUAUGCUUUGACUUCAAGGAGCCCGGAAACCACACAAUCAGUGCAAUUGCUCUCUCGCCAAGCUCGACGUAUUUUGCUAUAUCCUAUGGUACUACCAUAAGUAUCUGGACACUGGCAGACCCCUCUACAACGCGCGAGGUCCGAACUAAUGACGAGGUCAAAUCGCUAGUGUUUUCACCAGACGAAUCUUUGUUGGUAUACAAUACUGGAAACAGCAUUUGGAGCUGUACAAUGAGCGACCAACCCAGAUGUCUUCUUCAAAAUAGUGGCAUCGUGUUUCCCUCGGAACCUUGCUUUUCUUCAAGUGGGCAGAUUCUUGCUUGGUUGGUAGAUCAAUUAUAUGGGUAUAAAAAACAGGUUUAUGUGUGGAAUACAUCGAGCGACCUUCAGCUUCCAACCUUCGAGGUAUCCUACGAGGCUAAUGCCAUUUCAUUCUCAAAAGAUGACCAAAUUCUCUAUGUACUGGGGCGUAUUGACACUUUAGAGACCUACCAAUUCGAACAGCAGACUUCCCAACUAGGAUCGAUAGGCGGGUUAGGUUUGACCUGUGAUAAGAGGAUUGAGCUUACUUCUAGGUGGAUCUCAUGCAAUGGACAAAAGCUACUAGUAAUUCCUGAGGAGUAUUAUAUUUAUAGGAUAGAGUAUAGUAGUAAUUUUCUUGCAAUAAAAAUUCAUCACCAGGGAAUUAUUAUAUUAGACUUUAAUUAA